AUGGAAGCUGCCACAAAUAAAGCAAAAGAAUUUUUCGACCGGGCAAAAGAAGUCUUAGGGACUAAAGGAUUAAUCGCUGCUGGAGCAGUUUCCUCGCUAUUAAUUUAUAAGUUUGGGAAAAAAGUUGUCAGAGGGCAAGGAAAGGCUAUAAAAGGCGAAAUUGCUUUUAUAACCGGAGCAGCUUCUGGAAUCGGAAAACAAUUAGCGAAAAAUUUGGCUGCUUUGGGAGCUAAAGUGAUUAUUGCUGAUAUCAACUUAGAGGCUGCAAAUGCAUUAAGAGAUGAGCUCAAUGGCAAGGGAUACCAGACUAUCGCUGUCCAUUGUGACGUCACUAACAGGGCUUCAGUCUCUCUAGCAGCUGAAACAGCUAAACAGCAAUUCGGAGAUCCAACCAUCCUAAUCAACAACGCCGGAAUAGUCUCAGGAAAAUCAUUUACAGAGACCUCUCUCGAAGUUAUGGAAAGAACAAUGAAAGUCAAUGUAAUUUCUCACUUUUAUACACUUAAAGAAUUUUUGCCAGCAAUGAUUGCAGCUGAUAAAGGCCAUAUCGUCACAAUCGCUUCAGCUGCAGGGCUAUCAGGAACUGGAGGUCUCGUUGAUUAUUGUGCUUCCAAGUUCGCUGCUGUUGGGCUAGAUGAAGCUUUAAGAUCUGAGCUGAGAUUUAAGAAUUCAAAGGUGAAAACUACUUGUGUUUGUCCUUAUUUCAUAAAUACAGGCAUGUUCGAAGGGGUAAAAUUAAGCUGGAGAUUUUUAUUCCCAUUGCUAGAUGAAACAUGGGUAGGGAAAAGAAUUGUGGAAGCUAUAAGACAUAAUGAGCCUGUUUUGGUAAUGCCAUCGGCUGUCAAUAUGACUUAUGUUAUGCGUGCAUUCCUCCCGACAACUUGGAUGGAUCAUGUUUCCCACAUAAUGGGCUUCAAUCAAGCAAUGUCAACUUUUAAAGGAAGAGGAGCAGCGCUUUAA